AUAAUUGGGAUAAAUAAUAUUAUAAACGCUUCUUACUAAAUGAUAUCAAUAUCAUAGAGUCAACGUGAAAGUAGAAAACGUUUUAUUUCAGCAGCUAAUCAACAAACUAACUCAAUUAAACUAAAAAGCCGGCAACAGUUUAACUUUCGUCAUUGUGAACAACAAUUCCGCAAGAAUGGAUCAUUUGUUUGAUAAUCUUAAAGAGUCAGAUGUGCUUAUAAAGCUAGGAUUGAACGCAAAUAACCAUUGGAUCCUGCAUGAUGAAUCUCCAAUAAAUUUCCUUCAAUAUUUAGCAGCAAAUUUUGAUGAUGACAACAUUCUGACAACUGAAGAGUUUGAAUUAUACGAAGAAUUAGUGAAGACUGGUCAAUAUUUAGAAGGUGAUGAUUUAGACAAAGCUAUAAAAGAAUUAGAAUCAAAGUCUCCGGAUAUACUUUCAUAUACGCAAGAAUCAGUUCAGGAGAUGAGAGCUGAACUUGAGCUUUUAGAAGCACGAAACUUGGAAACUGAAGAUCGUAUUGGACGAAUGAGCAAAUCAAUUGAGCGUCAAACAUUGGAGGAAGAGGUGACAAAUAUUAAGGCUCUUGAGCAGGAAGCUCAUGAAAAGAAUCUUAUAAAAGAAUGCUUGGAGAAGUCAAUUGAAUUAACAGAAAUUCAAAAAGCUAAUUAUGAAGCUGAGAUCAAACUUAAUCAACUUUACAAUAGUUCGCAAGAAACUUCUUUCUGGAUGUGUCACAUGCCAUUAGAUCAAUUCUUUCAUAAAAGUACUCAAUUGCUUUCUGAAGUUGACUCGUCAGUUCGUAGAAAUUUCAAUGUUACGACAUUUGUAAACGAUCAAGAAAACAAUCAGAUAAAUUCCAAAAUCUCAGAAGUUCAAAAUAAAAUAUUUGAAGCUACUAAGAAGAAGUUUGAAUUCGACAUGACAAUCGCCAGUCACGAAAAUGUCAUUAAAAAUAUUGGGAAUAAUUCAGACUGUGAUGAAUUCGAUUCUGAAGAACUUUUCAAUGCUGUCAACGAUAUGAACGUUAAAAUCGACAGUUUGGAUCUUCAAUUGAAAAUAUCUGAAAAGGAAGCUCAAUCAUUAGUGAGGAAGUCCACUGAAUAUGAUUUAAUGGAAUUCUUCAUUAAAUAUUACGAUGAAAAUCAAAAGAGAAAUGCUCAACGUUUGCAGACAUUGAAUACAAUUGAAGAUGUUGUUGAAUGUGUGACAUUGCUGUACGAUUUCUUGUGGCUGACAUUAAAAUUAGAUCUCGAUCGUAUCAAGAAUCGCGUCAACAGUUCCAGCAGCUUACUGAAAGAAGUUCAAGAGCAAAAUAAGAGAAUUAGUCAAAUGAAAAUUCUUUCAGCUCAGGAUCCAAUUACACCAAUUAAGAAUUUCAUUUUAAGUAAACUUCAACAUAUAAUUAAUGAAAAUAUGAUUGUUGAGCCAAAAAAAUUGUCAACCAUCGAUGGAUGUCUUGAGUUGAUGGAAGAGCAAGAAAAUUUUGAUGAGGAAAUCAGAAAAUCUUUGUUGUCAAAUGAUGUUUAUAAUCAGUUCAAGGAUAACUUCGCUUUAAUUGAAUCUCAAAUCGCAUCCUUACGUGAAUUUGUUUAUAAAGGUCCAACAAACCGACCUGUACUCAACGACGUAAAAUAUUAUCAAAAAAUUUACAAUUGCGAGGAGAGCAACCAAAAGGCUGCAAAAAUGUUUGAAACUUUAAGACGGAGUUAUGAGAAUAAUUUUCUUAAGCCUUUCAAUACUGACAGAUUCUUUAAAAUGGAGUAUAACUUGUGGAUUUAUUUCCUCACCUCUCCAGCAAAAGUCAAGAAAUGCAUCCAAGAAGUUCAAAGAAAAGCUGCAAAUUAUCAGCAACGAAAUGCUGUCGUCGGUAAAUAA